CCCAGUGCAACAUCUAAAGGGAACACUUCUACCUCACCCUAUGACUUCAUAUUUAAAAAAAUAUUGAAUGAACUGAAAAAUAAAGGGAAGGAUUUCCCCCUCACAAUCGUCUACUGUAAAUGAAUACAAUGGAUCGGCUACGGAUAUGAACUGGCCAGAGAGAUACUGGGGGACCAGUUUUAUGAAGGCGAGCAGCAACCAGAGCAUGCCAGGGUGGUUAUGUUCCACUCUUCUAUGGAAGACAGUAAGGGAAAGCUCAAAGCCAUGAUCCUUGCUGAUCUCCAGAGGCCACCUAGUGAAUGUUGCAUAAGGCUUGUAUUUGCAUCUGUGGCACUAGGUAUGGGGGCAGAUUUAAGACAUGUUCAGCGUGUGAUACAUGCAGGGCCACCUUCAACACUAGAGACCUACGUUCAAGAGAUUGGAAGAGCUGGAAGAGCAGAUUCCCAAGCCCAGGCUAUCAUGUUCUACAAUGGCAACGACCUUGCUUUUAAACAAAUGCAGGCAAAUAUGAAAGAGUAUUGUAAAAAUAAUGACAAGUGCAAGACAGAAGUUGUGAAUGAGCACUUCGGCUUUUACAAGUUUGACAAACCUACCAUAUGCUGCAAUAUAUGUAAGCCUGAUAUGAGUUUGGAAUGGGAAUUUUCUCAGCUUUCAAUUUCAGGUAAUUUUAUUGUGAAUUGGCUUUAG